AAUGACUGAGCACGGCACCAUGGGAGAAGACAAGACAGAAGCCUGUCAUCUAGUCUAAGCUGCUGAGCUGAGUAAUAUCACUGAGAUAAUCAAAUCCCAAUUACAGCAAUUAAAGCGAGAACGAUCGUACCAUCUUUUAUGAGUUAAGCGAGACAUCUUUAUCGUCUUUAUUUGAAACAUAAAUCAGCUGCUAAAGAAACCGAGAAGACGUCAAUGAGAUGAGAGGGGGGCAAGAAAGGGAGAGAGAUGAUAGGAGUGAAACGGAGAGGGAGGAGGAUUCAGAGUACAACAGCUGGACAGUCGAUAUCCAGCCCACCAGACCGAGCGCGUUCAGACACCCUGCUCUCUCUCUCUCUCACGACGAGUGGCAUCUAUUUCAGCGUGUGCUAUACGCUAGCUUAAGGAAUCCCAUAAGGAAUUCACUCCUGGACCACGAGAUGAGCGUGACGGGCAGCUCUGUGAUUUAGUGCCGACGACUCUUUUUUUCAUCAGAAAGAUUCCCAAAUCCAUCAGAUAUGUCUGGGAUGGAUGGGUCGGUGGAGGAGAUGAACGGUACGGGAGUAAACAGCGAGAGUUUCCUGAGGUUCAGCCCUACAUCUGUUUCUACCGCGGCGGCCGCUGCUUCAUAUGGACGAACUGCCAGUGUUUAUGUCUAUGUCUCCAUCUUCCUCAGCUUGCUGCUUUUCCUGCUUACCCUGUUGAUCAUUGCUCUCCACAGGCUGAAAAACAUCAUAUCCUCUAGUUCUUCUUACCCAGAAUGCAGCAGUGAGGCCGGGAGCUCGUUCACGAACAUGGAGAUCUGCAGUGUUUCCUCACAGAGAUCGACGGUGUCCUCGCUGUCCUGACAGGAUCACACACACGUCUGAAUGUACUGAUAAACAAGAAAUUUAGAGAUAUUUUAGAGGUCAUUUUGAUGUAUAAUUAAAUAUUUAUCCUUAUUAUCAAUGUCAUUAUUAAGCUGAGGUUUUACAUUCAAUAAUUCUGUCAACUGUGUAACAAUUGAGAAGACCCUCCAGAUAGAGGACUUGUAUUUUGGAAAAAUGUUAACGUACAUAAUGAACUGUAAAUAGAAAAGCUGUCUGUCUAUAUUUGACAAUAUGAUUACACUUACAAAUACAUGGAUCAUUUAUAAUAUAAUACAACAUGUCAUCUCUUGGAAGGCUUGAAUAAAAUCUGAUUUGCUCAUA